GUCACGCAACCAGUGCGUCGGGAAAGUCGAGGAUCUACGUAUUGACUUGAAGCUGCUUAUACCAAUCCAAGCAUGAUAAGUAAGAAGAGACUUUUCUAAUGUAUGCAUGCCAAUCUGCGCUUUGGGAGUUCUAUCAUUGUCUCGUAUCAUGCGCCACGGGAUACAGUGAUAUGGGCAAGCUGGAGAAGCAUUUCUUGCAGAAGCAUACCCAGGCCAACUCUGGGGUCCCCUCGAAGGCUCGCCCUCAAGAUCCGAUGGCCCGGUCGCUCACCAAUACACUUCAUGAUUCCUUCACUCUCGUAGCGACGUAUGGAUAUCGGUCCCUAAAAGUUCAGAGUGAAUUAGCUCACUGGCAGAUUGCAUGGAAGCCAACUACUCUCGAGACAAUACCUUUCAGCUGCCACGUUCGCCUAGUAUCCCCGUACAUGGUCAGAGCCGACGCAUCACCGAAGUCAUGUACACACUGAAAUUCUCUUCGUUCCAUCUGAACUUUAAAGCCACU